AUGUGGGCUUUGUGGUACCGUCAGAAUUAUAUCUUCUGUUUGCAGAUUGCAACUAUUCUAGCCAGCUUUGGCUAUUGUCUCGCUGUUGAGCAUGCUUACUCGUCACAGAGUAUCAUACGUCACGAUACACACGAGCAGCAUCAACCGAUCAAAGUGGUCGUUCCUGUGGAGAAGCAUGUCAUCAUUCCCGUGGUGAAGAAAGUGGUGCCUGUAGGACACUACGUACAGGAGAGCCACAGCCAGCAACAGCAGACCCAUGAGCAGGAUUACCACCACCAGCCUGCCGUCUCCUCAUUCCACAUCGAGCGACACGACGUGCCCGCUCACCCGCCCGCGGACUGGCACAAUUACAACGACGGUCCCGCCAAGUACGAGUUCGAGUACCAGGUGCACGACCCGCACACCGGCGACUACAAGCAGCAGCACGAGGAGCGCGACGGACACGUGGUGCAGGGCACGUACAGCCUGCGCGAGCACGAUGGCUCUGUGCGCACCGUCAAGUACUACGCUGACAAGAAGACCGGAUUUAAUGCCGAAGUAAAACAUACUACGAAGCAUAUUGAAGAAAACAAGCACCAUUGAACGUACACGUAAAAAUACUGUGUUAAAAAUGUUCUUAUUUAAUUUAUUUCUAUUAAAUUACUGUUGUAAAUUACUGUAUUGAUAACUUAUUAUUUCAUUUACCCUAUGUUAAUGGCUGAAAAUAAAAGGAUGCUAGUGAUCAAAAAAACCUG